AUGGCUUCCUCAAAGCUCAGAAACUCUUGUUCCUUCAUCAACAUUCUCCUCUCAUUUCUAAACUUCAUUCUUUUCCUCCUCUCCUCAGCCUCUCUUGCUCCAACCAUUCUCCUCAAAAUGCCCCCAACCUCGCUGGGCUUUGCAUUCCUUACUGUCUCCGCCACUUCCGUCCUCUCCUCUCUUGUGGGUCUCUGCUCCCACCUCGGCCACUUCUGCUUUGUAACCCACGUCUCGCUCCUCCUUGCCUCUUCUCUCGGGCAGUUGCUGACGGUCGUGGCGCUGUUGUCCAGAGAAACUUCAGCCCUUUCGAUGCUGAAGUCCCCCCGGGAUCCGAGGGAGGCUAAGCUGCUGGUGAGGCUGGAGUGUGGGAUUUUUAUGGCAAUGCUUAUGGUGCAGGUGGGGGCGCUGGUUUUGACAUGUGCUGUGCACAGUUGCUGGGUGAGGGAGUAUGAGGGGUUGGAGGCGGAGAAAGAGAAAAGUGAGAGGCAGAGGAGUAGGAGAAUGGCCAGAGUUCAGGAGGAGUCCAUGGCAAAUGCAGGAAAGGUUGCAGAGGUUAAAGCCAAGGAGUUUGAUGAGAAGAUGAAGAGCAAGUAUGGGCAGUGGGUUAAAACUGAUUUUGAAGGCUAAUUACAAGCCCCCCCCCCCCCCCUCUCUCUCUCUCUCUCUCUCUCUCUCUCUUGUGUGUGUUCUGCUUGUUUGUACUAUAAGUUUUGUGGUCACCGAGGCGGUGGCCAGAGGAUGUGUAAUAUAGAAGCUCUAGGUGGGAUUUGGUGUUUUAAUUUUGAUGUGUAAUGCUGCAAUGCCUUCUGUGUCUGUGAACUUGUGUGGAGGUUUAAUUAAUUAACUAAUUAAUUAUUUACUUUAA